UUUGUAUAGAUCAGCUGUCUUUAAGAUAGUGACAAUACAACAAACUGAUAGUUCUCUGUUGCAACCGUUUUUGGUAUGGGAGUUGUAUGCUACACCAAAGCCAUUGUGUGCACUCAAAUGUCUUGAACUAUCCUGUCUAACCUUCUUUCACAAUCAAUCUAGUACAUGUCAAAUGUAUUCCAUGAUUAUUGUCAAACAAUCUGGGACUGUAACGAACAACUUGGACCUUUAUCAAAGACAAGGAUCGUGUGAAGAUUUCGGAUAUAUCUCUUUACAAACCACGAGCAAGUGUUUGAAGCUUUACCAUACAGAGAUGUCGUGGAUGACAGCCAAUAGCACUUGUGCCUCAGCCGGUGGAAAGCUUUUUGGCAUAACCACAGCUGACAUGUUUGACGAUGUUUUAAAUGUAACAUCUAGAAAAGAUCCCACGUUUCAGAACUUUUUCAUUGAUGGAAAUGAUAUUGCUUCGGAAAAUAACUGGGUAUUGUCGGAUGGGACUCCCAUACUCCAUCUACCUUGGGGUAAAUUCCAGCCUGGAUUAGGGAGAGAUGAAAACUGUUUACUUGUAAUUGGCAAUUUUUACCAUGACGCACCAUGCUACACAAUGGAGUUUAAAUUCAUCUGCGAGAAACAGUUCAUAAUAUCGUUGUAAAACAUUCCAAAUCGUUAAUGUCCACCUGAAUAAAUAUUUGAAUACAAAAGAUAUUGAUGCACCAAUAAUAGGAAAAUACUGAAA